AUGAUGGCCAGCUACCCCGAGCCCGAGGACGCUGCGGGGGCUCUGCUGGCCCCGGAGACCGGCCGCGCAGCCAAGGAGCCCGAGGCGCCGCCGCCGCCGCCGAGCCCGGGCAAGGGCGGCGGCGGCGGCGGCGCUGGGACAGCCCCGGAGAAGCCGGACCCAGCGCAGAAGCCCCCAUACUCGUACGUGGCGCUCAUCGCCAUGGCGAUCCGCGAGAGCGCCGAAAAGAGGCUCACGCUGUCGGGCAUCUACCAGUACAUUAUCGCCAAAUUCCCGUUCUACGAGAAGAACAAGAAGGGCUGGCAGAAUAGCAUCCGCCACAACCUCAGCCUCAACGAGUGUUUCAUCAAGGUGCCGCGCGAGGGCGGCGGCGAGCGCAAGGGCAAUUACUGGACGCUGGACCCGGCCUGCGAGGACAUGUUCGAGAAGGGCAACUACCGCCGCCGCCGCCGCAUGAAGCGGCCCUUCCGGCCGCCGCCCGCGCACUUCCAGCCGGGCAAGGGGCUCUUUGGGGCCGGUGGUGCCGCGGGCGGCUGCGGCGUGGCAGGCGCGGGGACCGACGGCUAUGGCUACCUGGCGCCCCCCAAGUACCUGCAGUCCGGCUUCCUGAACAACUCGUGGCCGCUACCGCAGCCGCCCUCGCCCAUGCCCUACGCCUCCUGCCAGAUGGCGGCGGCCGCAGCGGCGGCGGCGGCGGCGGCGGCCGCCGCAGGCCCGGGCAGCCCAGGCGCGGCCGCGGUGGUCAAGGGGCUGGCGGGCCCGGCCGCCUCGUACGGGCCGUACUCACGCGUGCAGAGCAUGGCACUGCCUCCCGGCGUAGUGAACUCGUACAACGGCCUGGGAGGGCCGCCCGCCGCGCCCCCGCCGCCGCCGCACCCGCACUCACACCCACAUGCACACCAUCUGCACGCGGCCGCCGCACCCCCGCCAGCCCCGCCGCACCACGGGGCCGCCGCACCGCCCCCCGGCCAGCUCAGCCCCGCCAGCCCGGCUACUGCCGCGCCCCCGGCACCCGCGCCCACCAACGCACCGGGCCUGCAGUUCGCCUGCGCCCGGCAGCCCGAGCUCGCCAUGAUGCAUUGCUCUUACUGGGACCACGACAGCAAGACCGGCGCGCUGCACUCGCGCCUCGAUCUCUGA